AUGGCUACCAAGAAUUCCGUUCUCCAAAUAAUUGUCAUCUUGCUUGCGAUUUUUUUACCUGUCGGAAAGUCAAUUAAAUUCAACUAUCCUGCAGUUUUCAACUUUGGUGAUUCAAACUCAGACACAGGUGAGAUGACUGCUGGGCGUGGCUGGCAACUUCCCCUGCCUUAUGGACAAACCUACUUCAAACCUCCAUCAUCAUCUGGGAGGUUUUCUGAUGGUCGUCUGCUCAUAGAUCUUCUCAGUGAGUUCAUUCUCAUCCUCACUCAUCACAUGCCCUAUCGGAAAUCAAUAUUAAAUCAUGAAUGA